AUGAUAUUUUUUUUGUUAUAAACAGUUUUAGCAAAACAACUUACUAAUCUUACAACUCAUGUUCUAUACAAUAAAAUAUCUGAAUCAGAAUAAAUCAAUGUAGUUGUGACAGAGUAAUUAAAUAUAAGAGACUAUCCUUAAGCAAAGUAUGUUAUUGAUGCUAAAUUGGAAUCAGAAUAAAGAGGAAGCAUUUGUUAUGUUAAAUAAGGAUCAAUUUAAUUUGGUGAUUAUUCUAUAUAUAGUUAAAAAAUAUUUGAAUUGCCUGAUUUACAAACUAAUGAUCCAGAAUUAUUACUAAAUAUACCUGUUUUGUUGAAUAUGGUACACAUAAAAAAAGCUUUUGCUAUCGUCACAAGCAAUAAUUAAAUAUUACUAUAUAAAGUUAAUUAAAAUUCAUCAAAUAUCAUAGGUCAUGAUAUUCAAUUGUAAGCAAACUAUUCUUUUCAACAUUUACGCAAAGAAGCAAAAAUAAUAGAACCUCCAUAAAUUAUAUACACAGAUUAAACACAAUACAUUUAUUUAAUAUAUAGAAAUUAAAUAAUUGGAGGAAAAGUGAAUUAUGAUAAUUUAAGUUCAUUUGUAUUAAGGAAUAUAACUAAUGAAAGACUAGAUAAUGAUAAUUAUUAUUUGGGUUAAGUAAAAGUAUUUGGUUGGCAUGUUUUUAUUCCAAUAGGUGUGGAUGGAUUAGAUAUAUAUUAAUAUAAAGAAAAUGGAGAAUUACAUUUUAUUGGGAAUAUGAAUUCAACUACUUUAUACAAUAGAACUAGAAAAAUAAAAAUAGUUGAUUUAGUAUUUGGAGGAACUGAAGAUUUAAAAUAUAUGUAUAUACUUGAUGAAUAACGUGGAAUCAUUAGAUUUAUAGUCUCAUCUAAUUCCUCUGGAUUUGAUGCUUAAUUAGAUUCUGAAUUAGGUAUUAUUACAAUCCCUCAUGGAACAACACUAGCAGAAUACAAUAAUAGUUAUAUUUUAGUAUUAUAAGAAAGAGGAGUUAUUAAUACUUUAGUUGAAGUAGGUCUUCAUCAAAAUGCUUGGUUUAAAGUAAAAGUUCAUUAUUUGACUGGUAAAUAUUCUGAAAUUGAUAUUUUACCUGAAUUUACAAUUUUAAGAGGAAAAGAUGAACAUAGAAUUAUAAGAACAGGUAUUUAUGAGAAAUUUGAACCAAAAUUUGUUUUUACUUUAAAAGAUAAUCUUAGUUAAGAAAGAUAAAAUUCUUUUUAUGAAGAAUAUGUCUUUAUACCAAGUCUAAUAACUAUGGAUUUCUAUGAUGUUGAUAAAGGAUCACUUAAUGUUAGCAACAAUUUUAAUUAUAAUAUUACAAACUCAUUCUUAAUUGGCAUUACUUCUUAAUCUAUUGUAUAUAUGCCAUAUAUUAUUGAAAAUCCUUACAUUAGAUGUAAUCCAAGAAGUAAUAGAACUAUAGGAAGAUCUUUCGAUUAUAAAUUAAUUAUUAAUGCAACUCAUUGUCCAUAAAAAGGAAAACUAACAGGUAUUCCUCCAUAAUUAAUCUUAUGCCAAUAUGUAGAUCAAUUUAAUGUUAAAAUAACCAAUGGUGAUGGCAUCAUAUAUGAUACAGAAUCCAUGGCCUCUAUAAUUAUGGGAUUUAUAGUGCUCUUUAUUAUAUUAUCUAUUUUAUUAGCAUAUUUAUAUACAAGAUACAAAAUAAAGAAAAUUGCUUUGGUAAGUGAUAUAUAAGGAUUUGGAGAAAGUGGUAAUCGAGAAGGAUAUGACAUGGAUCAAUAAUAGUGAUGU